AUGCCAGACACAGAGAGUCUCGAAGAGGAUGAUUUUGUAAGCUAUCAGAAACUGUGUAGUCUUCCUUAUUUGGAUCAAUGUGUUCACGAAUCUAUACGUUUGAUCACCGUCGUCGCCUUUUACGCCCGCAUUUGUACGGAGCCCACGGAACUUGAUGUCGGUAAUGGUCAGAUAAUACCGAUCCGUGUGGGCGAUGUGGUCAGUGUGCCCAUAUUUAGUUACCACCAUAAUCCCGAUUACUUUGCGAAGCCUUUUGAAUUCUACCCGGAGCGCUUCAACAAUGCGGCACAUGUAGACUUAAUGAAAAAGGGCAUAUUCAUGCCAUUCGGUAGUGGACCCCGAAUAUGUGCGGGCACGCACCUGGGCUCGGCGGAGGUCAUAACUUGUCUUGUGAAACUAAUUAUACUCUCGCAACCUGUUGCACAGAGUAUCAUAGUUUUGUUGACAUAACGGUUGUUUGUGUCACCAAGAAAUAAAAGAGUUAGAUAUGGGGUUAUAUAUAUAUAAAUGA